GUUGAGACGACUUUUAUUAUCUACAGCUUUUGAUCCCCACUAACCACUCCCCUGUUACACCCACUCGUUUCUAUUCCCAAAAGCACACGCUAUGGCCACAGUCGCAAUUACCGCAGAGAAAAAGGAGGUGGUACCCAAGGCGAUCGGCGAGUUCAUCGCCGGCACUAUGGGCGGAUGGGCGCAGGUUGUGGUCGGCCACCCAUUCGACACUAUCAAGGUGCGCAUGCAGACGCAGCCCUCGCCGCCCCUCUACACAAGCAGCAUGGACUGCCUGCGCGCGACCCUGCACGGCGAGGGUGCCGCGGGUCUGUACAAGGGAGUGACAUCUCCCCUGGCGGGCAUCGGCUUCUGCAAUGCUGUGGUGUUUGCUGCCAACGGCUAUUUCCUGCGGCUCUUCCAGUCCAACUCUUCUCAGCCCCUCACCUUGCAGCAAAAAGCGAUCGCUGGCGGUCUGGCGGGCGGCGUCAUGUCGUUUAUGAACUGCCCCGUAGAGCUGCUUAAGGUCAAGCUUCAGACGCAGUACGGCACGCUGAAGCCGGGCCAGAAGCCAUACACGGGUGUGUUCAACUGCGGCGUGCGGACAGUCCAGGAGCGUGGCUUUGCUGGCCUGUACCGCGGUCUGGGGAUCACGAUUCUGCGCGAUAUCCCCAGCUUCGUUGCCUACUUUGGUCUGUAUGAGGGCAUGAAGGCCGGCCUUGUCUAUGCGCGCACAGGACACGCCGACGGCUCGCAGAGCAACGGGAUGGAGCAGUUCUUGUCCGGCGGCUUUGCCGGCAUUGCGGCCUGGCUGGCAGCGUACCCACAAGACAUUAUCAAGUCGCGGAUGCAGAUGGACUACAAGCACAAGAGCACGAGCGCGGCGGUCAGUGCGCUCAGAAACGAAAUUAAGGGUGGCAACUGGCGCAUCCUGUUCCGUGGGUUUGGCCCCACCAUUCUGAGGGCAUUCCCCGCCAACGCAGCCACCUUUGUUGCGUACGAGUGGACAAUCAAGACCCUGAAUCUCUAAGUUUGACUAUACAGCUGUGGGAAGCUAAUACAUAUCCCCCGUGCUCUCCACAAAGGCAGCAGAGACGCACUCUGGCGAAGUGCAUUUAUUUCCCCUGGAUGUAUUGCUUGGAAAAAAUUUGCAUCACUGUUCCC